CUGGGCAGCGGAGAAUCCCCAGCCCAGCUGCUCCCCAGCCUGCUCACACGUGAAGACUUCCUGUGAUGAGAACAGAAACACAGGUGUUGUCCCCACCGCGACAGCCCCUGGAGCCUGGGCCAGAGGGGACCAUGAACAGGCCCUGGGCCCUGGGCCUGCUCUGGGUGCUGCUGAUGCUCUGCAUCACUGCAGGGACCCCCGAGGUAUGGGUGCAAGUUCACAUGGAAGCCACCAAGUCCCCGUCCCUCACUGUCCGCUGUGGAUUCCUGGGAUCUGGCUCUAUCUCCCUGGUGACUGUGAGCUCCGGGGGGCGUGAUGGUGCUGGAGGGACCAGGCUGGCUGUGUUGCACCCAAAAUUCGGCACGCAGCAGUGGCCACCUGCCCUCCAGGCCCACUGGGAGACCAGGAGCAGCAUCUCCCUCUCGCUGGAGGGAGAUCCUAACAGGGGGAGCCCCAGCCCCAACACCACCUUCUGCUGCAAGUUUGCCUCCUUCCCGGAGGGCUCCCAGGAGGCCUGUGGGUGCCAUGGCCUCAACACAGACCAAGGUGGGGCUAAUGAGGAGAGGCCAGGGAGGGCAGGGAGGGCUCCCGGGCACUGCCGCCCUCUGGUCUGCCUCUCUCUGUGCACAGGGCUCCCCACCCCAACUGCGGCUCCCAUCCUGCGGGCCGACCUGGCCGGGAUCUUGGGGGUCUCCGGGUUCCUCCUCCUCGGCUGUGUCUACCUCCUCCACCUCCUGCAUCGGCAGAGGCAUUGGUCUGUCAUGAAGCUUCAGCCACUCCUCACCAUCCCCCAGACACCAGGACAAGCAAGGGGAGUUGCCCUGGAGCCAUGGACCCACUCUGUGAACUGGGAAUCUAAUGAAGCCGGUCAAGGUAGACAGGGGAGGUAGAGACUGAGUGAUGCGUCCACAAGCCCUGGAUGCCCAGGAUGCUGGAGGCCCCAGAAGCUGCAAGAGGCAGGAAGGAUCCUGCCUGGAGCCUUCACAUAGUGGGACUCUGCUUCCUGGGUCUCAGCCAUCUGCUCACCUCCUAGCAGCUCAGUCAGCAUUGGUCAGAUUGACCAGGAGCUGACAUGCAGCCCCGUGGCACCACAAGGAGGCUGACAGGUGAGGAUGUCACAGUCAUGCGACCAGUGAAACUUGUCGUUAUGACAGAGGCAGAAACUACAGGUGGCAGCCCUGGGCUCAGACUGCUGGGGCAGAUGACGUCCCUCCCUCACUUUUCUCAUCUGUCGAGUGAGGCCAUAACACACUCACCCCCUCCACUGCAGGGUCUGAGCGAGGACAGGAGGUGACACAGACACACUGCACAGGCCUGGGAAGUUGUAUGGAUUGUCAUCUUCUGACAUGACCUGUACAAUCCUCCCCAUCUUCCCAGAACUCUGCUCAGCACGGAAGGCCCAGCUCUCUGCCGGUGACAGGCACCCAAAGCUCCCUGAGCCUGGGCCCGGUCAGUCCCCAGGCACCUCCCUGGGAAGCUGGAGGACAACACAGAGGGGCCCUCGGCUACUAAGGGCCCAGAGCAGCACCAACUGCCACCCCUGCUGGGACGUGGUCGGGAGCCCAUGCUCUGGGCUCAGACCCAACCGCAGGUUUACUGGCAACAUGACCUCGGUGAAGUUAUAACUCACUCGGGACCUCAGUUUCCUCUUGCUUAAAACAGCACUGUGACACACCCUGUCUACGACGUCCUGGGGAUUGGGAGAGUCAAAUGCUAUGUAAAAAUAUCCCCUGCGUUUGCUUUAAUCGGGUUUGGUAAGAUGCAGACCAGAAAUGACAGGCAUGAAGGAAGCAGUUCCUACUCUCAGAUCCUGAGAAAUAGCAGGCCAGGUGC